AUGACGGAAGCCCUAUGCUUUCUUUUCCAGGGCAUCCAGGUAAUGACUGCUUUCACUUGCUCUGCUUCCCUUGGUACUAUUUUCUGUACUCUCUGUCUUGAAAAUCUGUUUGCUCUACUGAAGAAGAUCCAGAAGAGCUCUCUGAGAAUCAUUCUCAUUUGCGGUGAGAAUGCAAAGAAAAUUCUCCUACCUCGUGAUAUGCACUCAAUCAUCCUCAAGCUGCAUGACGGGGAAAGAAUAAGCAUUGGUGAUCAGAUCCCCCGUACGAGAUCAAGACCGUGGAGUAUCGCAUGGACGCGAAGCAGCUGUGUCAAUACCGACAGAUCUACGACAGCCGAGCAGCAAACCACCAACGAAGAAGUUAGUGGCUGCUUCGACAUGGUGAUAUAUUGCCAACUCAGCGAAGGUAACCUAGGAAGUGGUUGGAUCCGAAAGGGGUACUCGGCACAGUUCAUACCAAACGAUCAAGACAAGCUACCUGAAUACACUUAUGGCACCGCUGACGUGGCGUUGACAUUCAAGCUCGAAGGAAAUCCCGUGGACUUGAAAUUCAAGUUCAUCGUUACCGUCGACCCUCCUCUAAAGUCGACCGACGCCGAGCCAGUAAGCGCUGAUCAUUUUGGCAGCACGCAGGAUUAUGCGCUGUUAGAAUUUAGCGUCAUGGAAAAGAGGGAGUUUUCACUGCUGGAGUGGACUGACAAAUUGAUUGAAAACGAAGGUUCCACUGAAGAAGACAUGCCAGAAGCUACCAAGCAAAGCUACUGCUCACGCAAGUAUAACCGGACAACCUGCAAUGCCUUAUUCAGCUCUUGGACAGUCAACUGGGUGGCGCACCCUAAUAAUGAGUGGGAAAACGACGAAUGGCAUGUUUGGGCCGCGGCUUUAAUUAAAUGUACACGACGACUUACUACAAGACUUUCAAACAUGUCUGAUCACUCUGCUUCCGCUCCUCCAUGCACCUUCUCUGAGGAUGACCUCGAAUUGCUCACCUCCCCCUCCGCCAGAAGUGACGUCUUGAGCUAUGCUUGA